UGCAACUGGCUGGAGCUCGAAUCACAGACUCAUACUGCCAAGUUCAGAGUAUCCUCUAGGAUGCUUAUCAGGACAUCCUUAGAAUGACUCGUACUCCAAUCUCCAAACAAUGAAUUUGGCAGAUUACAUGCCAUCAUAGAAAAGCGAAAAGUAAAGGCAGGAAUCUUACCGAAGUGAGGUAGGGGUCUUCAUCUGACAUUGGGAACGCUGAAGGGACUCCAGUAGUAGAGUAUGGAGAGAGCUACUUUAUUGGUUCUUGUAUGCUUGCUGCAGGUGACGGUAUGGGCCAGGAGUAUCGAAGCAAGUACGGAAAUGAUCAAGAGGAUCGACACACAUUGUCACUUAGUACCACCAUUCUACGCCGAGCUGUUGCAGGAGCACAACAUAGUUGCAGGAGGACGUGCCAUACCUUCAUGGAGCGCAACUGAACAUCUGGAAGUGAUGGAUCUGUUGAAUGUGUCUAUGUCCAUCGUCGCUGUUUCGACACCUGCCGCUGUUCUCAUGCGGAACUAUCAGGUGAAAGACAGCCGCCAGCUCGCUCGACGGCUCAACGAGUAUGCUUACAACCUGUCCAUGGAGUACCCGCAGAGGUUCAGCUUCUUCGCCACUUUGACUCUACCGGACGUCGAGGGAUCCGUUGCCGAAGCUAUAUAUGCUCUCGACACUCUGAACGCUGCGGGCGUCAUGAUUCUCGCCACUAGCUCCGAUGAGCUCCUCGGUAGUCCACGUUUUGAACCUCUAUAUGCUGAGCUAGACAAACGAAACGCCACCGUCUUCGUGCAUCCGAGCCAAUCUCCAUGUCCCGUGCAGGACACAUUCGACCCUAUUUUGCCUCUACCGGACAUCGAGAAACCCGCUGCUGAAGACAUAUAUGCGCUCGACUCUGCGAACGCCGGAGGCGUCAGAAUUCUCGCCAGUAGCCCUGAAGAUCUGCUCCGAAGUCCACUUUUCGACAAACUAGAAGCCACUGAAUCGAAGAAUCCGAGCCUAUCUCUGUGUGGCGGAAAAGACGCUUUCGACAAAGGCAGCUCGGGACUGCCUCCGUAUGCUGUGGACUUCCUGCUGGACACGACGCGAGCGGCGGUGAAUCUGAUCUUCAGAAAUAUGACGAGAAAAUACCCUAAUGUGAAAUACAUCUUCGCUCACUCGGGCGGGUUCCUUCCGUUCUCGACCUUUCGCAUCGUGAGAAUCUUGAUGAUGCUGACGAAGCAAACGGAGGAGGCCAUCGUGGCUCAGUUGCAGGCGUUCUACGUGGACACGGCCCUCUCGGCGUCCAAGUACGCGCUUCCCAGCACCAUUUCGCUUCUGGGCACCAGCCACUUGACGUUCGGCAGUGACUACCCGUUCGCGCCGCCUGAUGCGUACGUUCCCAACACCGAGAACUUGGAUCAAUUCGUCCGCGACACUUUGACCCCCGACGACGGCCAACAAAUCAAUCUCAAAACCGCCUCUGAGUUGUUCAGUCACAUCCUUUCGGACGACAUUCUGGCCACCAUGGGCUUUGGAUAGGAUUCCAGGACUAGACAAGUGCACAUAUGUUCAGGCUUCAGAGCUCAAAUUUGUGGUUUCCAUAACGCCAGGCCCUGCUCCCCUCAAAUCUCAGCAUACUGUAUGCGGUGGUCCGAAGAGUUUUUUGCAUGUCUCCAAUGGCGGGUUGGGCUAUUUGCCGUUGGUUGGUCGCUUUGGCAGAAAGUCGGCUGAUUUCUCCGCCUUUUAGAAGCAAAUUAUCAGCAUUGUAGCCAGCUCCCCAUUCGCUACUCCACCUACGACGGGUCCUUGUAUUCUAGAGUGUUGUAUAUCCUUUAUGCACGCUGAUUUAGUACCUUCCACCGAAAAAUAUAAAAAUGCUUCAAGUUCUUCCUAUGAAAGAUUGUACCUCACGUUAAUGGAAAUGUUUUCACCUUCGA